AUUCAUACAACACGGCACCUCUUUCCACCUCACUAUUCGACAUCACAAUGGUACAUCGAUGCCCCCACAAUCUUCUGUAGCUGGCCGAGUCACAUGACAUCACACGAGCAUCACAUGACCCCAAAUAGCCACACCCACAGUGGUAUUGAUCCGUAUGUGCUGAGUCACCACAUGGAGAAAUUGCAGAUUGACAACAAACUGCGAGGAGUUUGGAUCUCGUCAGGUAGCAAACAGUUCGACGUAUUCUUGUCAUUCUCGAGAGAAGACGAGAGUUUGCCGAGAGGUCCGUUCGGCUGGCCACGCAGGCACAAAUGAGGGUGUUUGUACCUUCAGAUGAUUAUGCCCGGCAAGGUGUUUUCAGAGCAGAUUGCGGAUAUGAUCAAGAGCGGUUGCAGGAAAACGAUCAUUCUUCUUUCUCCCGACUACCUCGAAUCGGAAUGGUGUAGCUACGAGGCGAGAAUGGCUCUUCACGAAUCUCCAGACUGCAAGAAGCACAACCUAAUCCCCAUCGUCUUCCGGUCGUGCCAAGUCCCUCGAUUCCUCGAACACAUCUACUAUCUCGACUACCCCCGCUACCAUAGCAACCGAGACUCCUGUCAGAAAUUCUUCUGGGCCCGCCUCUUUCGGGCCGUGAACCAUGACCCCACCAAAAACGGGCGGUAAUUUUACAACACAUAUACUACUCUCCAUUAGAACCUAAAGCAAUUUGUCGUGUCAACUUUACAUUGUGUUGUGUUUCAUCAUGUUUAAUUAACAUGUUCAUGUUGUUUCAUUGUAGUGAUAUGAGAAUCUGGUGUUUUUAUUAAAAAAAUAAUAAUUGGUGUUAUUUUGAUGUGGCAUAUAUAUUAUUAUAAACACAAAAGUAAAAUACAGUGAAAAAAUUGAUCAUGUGAGUAACAUGUGACAAUCAUGUGUCAGUUGGGAGGGGCUUGAUGUCGUGUGGAUGUCCACACUGAUUGAGGAGGUUGCCAUAGUAAUCGUGUUCCGGGCGUAAACACAGGCCACCGUUUGAAGUUUCGACAAAGGCGGUGACAUCAUUGUUAUUUAUGCCACACCCCUCACUGCCUGGAGAUGCACUCGCAUCAUGUUCUGAUUCCCCCACACAUCCCCAAAACUGGUGGUAGCUUGGCUGUUGCUCGGCAACAACUCGGUUGCCGUGGUCUUCGUUUUGACGCUCCUGCUCCAUUUUCCUAAGCUCCGCCUCUAGAAAUAGGGUGUAUUGUCGCGUUGCUCUAGCAACGCCAGGUUGUGGUAGUAUAAAACAUUCCAACUCCCAAUAUGCCAGUGUUUGGUGGAGUGACCCGUUGAGCGAUGGCUUGUCCCGGUUAUAAUACCGGUUGACCGUUUGGGAUGGUAGUGGGUGGUAAAACUGGUAGUAGUCCCAGGCAAAACGGGUUGUGGUUGGAUUGGAGAGAGGCCGAAUGGGGGUGGCGGAGUCAGCAGUGUUUGGGGGCAGUGUCCCGAUUCCAGUCUGGUGGAAUGUGAAAUGGGAUGAAACUGCUGUGGCGGAGACAUGGGAACAUGGAGAAAGGGUGGGGGAGGGAAGGAAGAAUACCAGUGCUCAUCUGCUAUCAGAAAACUGGUUUUUCCUGUUCUUAGCAGCGGGUUUGCCGACACGCUAUUGUUUUUCUUGCUUGGUGUUGUUUUCUUGGUACUUGGUUGUUUGUUAUUUUUCCUGCACUUUCUUGUAGAUCUUUGAGGCUUUUCUUGAUAUUGAACUGGUUUGCCGGGUAGACCAGAUACGCCACCGGGUGUGGUGGAUAAGCCAGAUACUGCACGGUGUGGUGACCAGUAGUAGUUUUGUUGGUAGCUGUGUGCUUGAAUUGAGGGAACCACUGGCAUGAGGGGGUCCGGGGGGAGGUGGACAAAUUUGAAGUGAAAUCUGGCAGUUCCCUAGGUUGGUGGGCGUGUCAGUGGGUGUGGUCAAUCACUGCCAGUUCUCUUCAGCUCCGUCGGUAGCUGCGGAAUGACAGAGUCCAGACACGUAGGGAUGAGAGACCCCAUGCCCCGCCCGAUUAUCUUAUCUUGGGCGGAGAAAGAGGGCGGGAGGGAGAAGGAAUCCGGGGUCAGUGCGCCCGUCCUGAACACUGAGAAUGAGGAAGUGGAUUGAGAUCUGGAUCGCGAAGGUUUACAGUGGGGAAGAAGAUUCUGGGUCGAAUUUCCAAAUGAUGCACACCGUUUCUUCGUCCCUCCGAUGUCACGGGCAGAAGCGAGGAGGGAGUGAGGUCUGGGGGUGCUUCGUGGGGGGUAUUCUUGAAAUUGAGGGGAUCGCUGGGAACGACGGGGGUCUGGGAAUUUCGAGUGAAAUCUAGCGGCCCCCCUAGGUUGUGUGUGAAGGUGUGUUGAGCCACGUUGGUGUUAACCGAUUGCUUCUUUCUGUUGUAGCCAGCUGUGUGAUCGUUGCUAUAUUCUCUGGUUCCUCCUUCUUCACUUCCAAACUGGUUUUUCCAGUUAUUCUUGGAGCCUGUUGUCUGACAAG